UGACCCAGGAAAUGGAGGGCUGGGAAAAGGUGGCUCUGGAAGGUCACCUAAAAGAAGUUAGUCCUAUCAGUACUCUCAAUCAAAUACGACUGUCUUGAUCCCACUUCCAUGCAAUACUCAAGCUUACCGGCGAGAUCAUGAAGAAGUCCGUCUGGUCCUCCUCCAGAUUUGUAUACCAUAUGAAUGCCAUCGUCCUCCUGAAGGACAAAAAGGUACUUGCUUUUUUUCUCCUUUGUGGUCGGCAGCUCCUCUCAGCAACGACGACAAAAACACCAUGUCUUGCCGGGACAUCCACGCCACCAACGCCUUUGCCUUCUUCAUAGCCUUCGUGUCUGUGGCCGGUAUGACUGUAGCAGCCCUAAUCCCUCAGUGGCGUGUGACCAGACUGGUCACCUUCAAUCGCAAUGCCAAGAACAUCAGCGUUUAUGAUGGGCUGUGGGCGAAAUGCGUCAAGCAGGAUGGCUAUUCGGGAUGCUACUUCUAUGACUCAGAGUGGUACUCCAAAGUGGACCAGCUGGACCUGAGGCUCCUGCAGUUCUGCUUGCCUGCAGGUUUAGGCUUCGGCUUGAUGGCCUUGCUGCUGUGCAUGGCCGGCAUGUGUAAAACCUGCUGCUGCUCAGACAAGCCUGAACCGGACAUUAAAAGCAUCCGCUUCUUGGUGAACAGCGCGGGCUGUCACCUGGUGGCAGGGAUGUUUCUCUUCCUGGGCGGCGCCAUUGCCAUCGCGCCCUCCGUGUGGUUCCUGUUCCGCACUAAGGAGCUGAACAACAGAUAUGACAACAUUUUCUCUGACGGCUUUGCCGUGUACGUGUCCAUCGGCUGCUCUGGGGGGCUGAUGUUGGCCGCCCUGCUCAUGUUCAUGUGGUACUGCAUGUGCAAAAAGUUGCCCUCUCCCUUCUGGUUGCCCCUUCCCUCAAUGUCCACCUCCACGUCUACUCAGCCACUCACCGCUAACGGAUUCCCCCCAUCGCCAGUUUACGGCCCUCAGGUCCUCCCGCCACCUCAGGCCUACCCUCCCACGGUGAUCGACACACAGACAUAUGUUCCGGCACAGGGAUAUGUGCAAAGUGUUGCCGCCCCCGCACCACCACAAGUGUACAUGUCUCAGAUUUCUGCUCCUGAUGGGUACGGCUCAGAAGCGGGGGGCGGGCAGGCAUACAGCUACGCACACUCUCAGAUCUAUGCACCCUCUCAGAGCUACGCACCCUCCCAGAGCUACGCACCCUCUCAAAGUUAUGCACCCUCUCAAAGUUAUGCACCCAGUUACGUCGGCCACCGCUACUCCACCCGCUCACGCACGUCUGCCAUUGAGAUUGACAUUCCUGUGGUGACGCAGUAACAAAAAUGAGGCACAAGUUAAUUAGUCUCUUAAGAGGCUGAUUAAAUUGCUGAUCAUAGAAGUGAGCACCUGUCGAGAGCUUGAAGUGUUCUAUGAAGGAUGACAUGUACAAAAGAACAAAGAGUAACGCUGUUGGUGCAAAUGGUUCAAGUGUUUGUAUAUUUUUUAAAAAAGAAAACACUCAAAUUCGUCCCCCCUAACUAGCCUUUUCACUGUUGCAGCCAUGGGUGCCUAAUAAGGAGCUGAAUAUACUACAUCCAUUGGAAGCCUUUACACUGGAUGCCAAAUAACUGCAAACUACUUCUCCUGUUACAUUAAGUGCUCAAGAUUCAAAAGUUUGUCACAAUGCCAUCAGAAAGAUUUCUUGAUGAAGGUGCUCGCUACCACAGCACUACUUUCGUGUAGCAUGUAUUGAUCGUGUGAGCAGCUGUUAAUAAUGCACUAAUAUUAAGUACUAAUGUGAGCAACUGUGCCACUUCACUCUGUAAUGGAUUGUUUAACUUGUAUUUUGUUGUUACUGUAAUGUGAUCCAGACAAGCUGUCACACGGGUUAAAUGAUGAUACUGUACAUAAUGAUACAUGUGGUAGAAAAAGUAGCUGCAUCACUUAAUGAAGAACAUUCCUUUUUUUUUUUUUUUUUAAAGAA